CCAACCGGGCGCGGGGCAUUGCGGGACCGCGUCCGCACCGCUCCCCUUAGCAACGCGGCCCGGCCCGGGAGAGGGCCCUGCGGCGCGCUCGGGGCAGGGGCGGUGGGCUCUGGAGAGAAAGCGUGUGGGGCCGGGGGGACGUUGGCGCGGCUCCGCUGGUUCCCUGAGUCUCUCGCCGACCUUCCCUGUGCUCUCGGCGCGGCCCGGCGGUGCUCUCCCGCCGCUUCGGGGCACAUCGCCGCCACUUUCCCCGAUUCGGGCGCUGUCUGGGCAAACCACAGAAAGGAGCGGUUCGGCUCCGGACCGCGGUGGCUCCGCGUACGGCUUAGAGGAGGCCCCAGCCAAGUGGGAAGCGGCGGGGGACAGCAUCCCCUGGAGAGACCCAGGCCGCAGCGCGGGGGCCUGGCCGAGGCUUGCUUCCUGAAGUGCAUCCAUUUCAUACCAAAGGUGGAAUUAAAUGUUACUUUCUUCAGAGGACUUUUUUUUUUUAAUGAAAAUAGGCAGCCAGGCAAAGCGAGACCUCCUUAGUAUCCUCACUGAGGGAAAGACCACAAGGAAAAAUGAUGCAAAAUGUGCAUCUAGCUCCUGAGGCUGAUGAAGAUGAUCUUUAUUCUGGCUACAAUGAUUAUAAUCCCACGUUUGACACAGAGGAUUUAGAAAAUGAUGUAGCUUUUCAACAGGCAGCAAGAACAAGUCAUGGUAGAAGACCACCUUUGACAGCCAAAAUUCCUGGCACAUCAGCUUCAAGACCUUUAGCUACUGGAUCAGGGGAUGGCGUUGCUCGACCCAUGACAGCAGUGCAAGCUGCAGGUUACACUAAGGCAGCUAUGAGAGGUUCUUCAUUUGAUCCACUUGGCCAAGCAAGAGGUCCUGCUCCACCUCUGGAAAUGAAAAAUUCGGACAGCUCAGAAGAGAAGAUUAGGCAGCUGGAAAAAAAAGUGAAUGAACUGGUUGAAGAAAGCUGCAUUGCCAACAGCUGUGGAGACUUGAAAUUGGCUCUGGAAAAAGCAAAAGAGGCUGGAAGAAAGGAAAGACUAUUGGUGAGACAACAUGAACAAGUUGCUGCUCCAGAAAACAUCAACUUAGACCUCACUUACUCAGUUCUUUUCAAUCUGGCCAGUCAGUAUGUUGCUAAUGAAAUGUAUGCUGAAGCACUGAAUACUUACCAAGUUAUAGUGAAGAAUAAGAUGUUCAACAAUGGAGGAAGACUGAAGGUAAAUAUGGGAAAUAUAUAUUUUAAACAACGGAACUAUUCAAAAGCUGUCAAAUUCUACCGGAUGGCUCUGGACCAGAUUCCUAGUACCCACAAAGAGAUGAGGAUUAAAAUAAUGGAAAACAUUGGAAUUGCAUUUAUUAAAAUUGGCCAGUACUUUGAUGCUAUUUCUUCAUUUGAAUAUAUAAUGAGCAUGUCUCCAAACCUAAAAGCAGGCUUCAACUUAAUCCUAUGUUAUUUUGCUGUUGGAAAUGGUGAGCAAAUGAAGACAGCCUUCCAAAAACUGAUUGCAGUUCCCUUGGAAGUGGAUUAUGAUGACAAAUACAUUUCACCAAAUGAUGAUGCACAUACAAAUCUACUGAUUGAAGCCAUUAAAAAUGACAGCUUAAGACAAAUAGAACGUGAGAGGAAAUCCAUGGCAGAGGAAUACAUCAUGACAGCUGCUAAACUCAUUGCACCUGUAAUUGAGACAUCUUUUGCAGUGGGCUAUGACUGGUGUGUUGAAGUAGUAAAAGCUUCUCACUACGUAGAGUUAGCCAAUGACCUGGAAAUAAAUAAAGCCACUACUUACUUGAGGCAGCAGGACUUUAACCAGGCUCUGGAGACUUUAAAAAUGUUUGAAAAAAAGGACAGCAGAGUAAAGAGUGCAGCUGCAACAAACCUGUCAUUCCUUUAUUAUUUGGAGAAUGAAUUGGCACAAGCAACUAAGUAUGCAGAUUUAGCUGUAAAUUCUGAUAGGUACAAUCCAGCAGCUCUAACUAACAAAGGAAAUACUGUUUUUGCAAGUGGAGACUAUGAAAAAGCAGCUGAGUUUUAUAAGGAAGCUCUCAGGAAUGAUUCCUCAUGCACUGAAGCACUUUAUAAUCUUGGUUUAACGUACAAAAAGUUAAACAGAAUAGAUCAAGCUUUGGAUUGUUUUCUGAAGCUCCAUGCAAUCCUUCGAAAUAGUGCCCAAGUUCUUCACCAGAUAGCAAACAUAUAUGAGAUCAUGGAAGAUCCCAAUCAAGCUGUAGAGUGGCUCCUGCAGUUGAUCAGUGUAGUACCAACUGAUCCGCAUGUACUGUCAAAGCUGGGGAAAUUAUAUGACAAUGAAGGUGAUAAAUCCCAAGCUUUUCAUUAUUACUGUGAGUCAUACCGGUAUUUCCCUUCAAACAUUGAGGUCAUUGAAUGGCUUGGAGCCUAUUACAUUGACACUCAGUUCUGUGAAAAAGCCAUUGAGUACUUCGAAAGAGCAGCACUUAUCUUACCAACACAAGUGAAGUGGCCGCUGAUGGUUGCCAGUUGCUACAGGAGAAGUGGUAACUACCAGAAAGCUCUAGAGAAAUACAAAGUCAUUCAUAAAAAAUUCCCAGAGAACAUUGAAUGCCUCCGAUUUUUAGUUCGCCUCUGCAAAGAUAUGGGGAUGACAGAAGUCCAGGAGUAUCAGACAAAGCUCAAGAAAGUAGAAAAAUUAAAAGAAAUAAGGGAGCAGCGCAUUAAAUCUGGCAGAGAUGGCAGCGCUCGUAGCCGCAGAGAAGGAAAUGCUGGUAGUGAUGGUGGUGGUACCAAAGGGGAAAGACUGAGUGCCAAACUAAAAGCUUUGUCUGGAACAGGUGAACCCUAUGAAAGCAGUGGCAGAAAAGAAAUAGAUGCCUCCUACAUAGAUCCACUUGGCCCAACAGUGGAAAGACCAAAAACUGCAGCAAGAAAAAGGACUGAGGAAGAUGACUUUGCUGAUGAAGAACUAGGAGAGGAUUUGCUUCCAGAAUAACAUAUGGUCCUGCCCUAACUUUUUCUCCUUUUAAAAGUUUUAGCAGAAAACCAUUAAUCUAUGAUGAUUUUAUAGUGGAUUUUGAUAAAAUAUUUCUGAAAUACUUUGGAUAUAUGGUAUCAUAUAUUAAAAGCAU